UAGUCCAGCCGCCGUAAAACUAAAGUGAUUGACUCAAAGCUGAAGCAAAUCAGCGAAGGUGGAGUACGACCCGAGGGUAGUGGUAACGCCUGCAAACGAAGAGAGCUUGCCCCGAUGUUUGGAAUCAGUAGCUAUUGCGCAAAGGAGCGUCUCUUUUCCAUCAGAUUUCAGCUCUUUUACUCCACAGCUGCAGCAACUACAUUGGUGGACUUUCUGGUAAAUUCACUUGGCUUCUCCAACAAAGAAGCCAUUUCUACAAGCUCCAAGGUAACUCGUUCGACACUCCGAAAUUAUGAGCCACAAUUGUUACUUGAUCUCUUUCACAAAGUGGGUAUGAAUAAAACCCAGAUCAAAACCCUCGUUUCUUCUUCCCCUGAAUUGUUGUUUUCUCAUAUUGAUAAAAACCUUAAACCCAAAAUUAUGGUUUUACAAGAAAUUGGCUUAUCUGGGUCUGACCUUGUUACAUUUAUCAAUAAAAGCGAUUUCUUGAUGAGAGGUUUACAUACUACUAUUAAACCAAGUCUUGAUUAUCUUCGGGAGUAUUUGGGCAGUUAUGAUGCUGUAGCUAGGGUUAUUAAGAAAGAGCCUAGGCUGCUUUCCAGUAAUCUCCCUAAAGUAAUACCACCCAAUAUACUAUUGUUGCAAAAUCUUGGGUUUUCGCUAGGGGAUAUUGAGACGGUUUUUCAUCGGCGUCCUAGGUAUCUGCUUAAUAACCCUGAGUGGCUUGAGAGAGUAGUAAAUCAAGCAGAAAAGAGUUUUAACGUACCUCGGGAGUCACGGAUGUUUCUUCAUGCCAUUGAAGCACUUGUGUCGCUUGAUGAAUCAAAAUUAGAAAGGAAAUUAGAUAUUUUCCGGAGUUUUGGAUGGUCUGAUUCUGAUAUCUGUGCAAUGGUGCGAAAACUUCCUUACUGUUUGACUUCAUCAGAGGCUAAGAUAAGAAGUACAUUGAAAUUUUUCAUGACCGAACUUGGGUAUGAACCUAGUUAUCUGGCUUCUCAUGCACCACUUUUAAAGUACAGUAUGGAGAAGAGGGUCAAGCCAAGGAAUGAAAUCUUGAAGUUUCUUAAAGAAAACCAGCUGAUAAAAGGGAAACUAAGUCUUUACACUGCCGUGUCAUCUCCUGAAUCACGAUUUCGUAAGAAAUAUGUUCUUCCUUUCAAGGAGAAGAUGCCUGAGUUAGGCAAGCCACUUACCUCG